GCUAAGAAUGAACUUGCCUGCUCAACUUCAGCUGCUUGUGUAUCUGACAGUAAAUCAAUCAAUAAUCAUGUUUCCCUCUCUUUGUUUCUUCUCUCCUGUUCCAGACGGGCAAAUCUUCGGCUCUGUUUGGAGCGCUUGAAAUCCCUCGUUCCCUUAGGAAAGGAUGCCAACAGGCACACCACCCUCAGCCUGCUGAUGAAGGCCAGAGAACAUAUCAAGAGGUUGGAGGAGAGCGACAGGAGAGCGCAGCACACGAUGGAUCAGCUGCAGAGGGAGAGGAGGCACCUGAGGAGACGCCUCGAACAGCUGGGGGUGGAGAGGACCCGCAUGGACAGCACCGGCUCCACCCAGUCCGACAAGUCCGACUCUGACCAAG